CGCGCCCUAUGUUGACAGUGGUUGUCUUCUCGGCGGCGAUUGCCUUCGCUGUGUUUGAGUCACCAUUCUUUCACUUAAAUAUCCUGGCUCGGCUUCCUUCUUCUUUCCUCCCUUGUUCUUAAGACUAUCCUUCCCGCCUCUCUCUCUCUCUCUCUCUUUCUCUGUGUGUCCUAACUCGUUCAAUUCGGACAACCCUCUCUCACAAUGGCUUCUCAGCAGAACGGAACCAACGGGGCUUCUGCCUCUAACGACUUCACCGUCAAGGCCGGUCUGGCCCAGAUGUUGAAGGGUGGUGUGAUCAUGGACGUUGUCAAUGCGGAGCAGGCUCGCAUUGCCGAAGAGGCCGGUGCUGCCGCCGUCAUGGCCCUCGAGCGUGUCCCCGCCGAUAUCAGAGCCCAGGGUGGCGUGGCCCGCAUGUCUGACCCCAGCAUGAUCAAGGAGAUCAUGGAGGCCGUUACCAUCCCUGUUAUGGCCAAGGCCCGUAUUGGACACUUCGUUGAAUGCCAGAUCCUCGAAGCCAUUGGCAUUGACUACAUUGAUGAAUCCGAAGUCCUCACCCCUGCCGACGACAUCUACCACGUUACCAAGCACAACUUCAAGGCUCCAUUCGUCUGUGGUUGCCGCAACCUCGGCGAGGCUCUCCGCCGUAUCUCCGAGGGUGCUGCUAUGAUCCGCACUAAGGGUGAGGCCGGUACCGGCGACGUCGUGGAAGCCGUUAAGCACAUGCGCACUGUUAACGCUCAGAUUGCUCGUGCCCGUGCCAUCCUCCAGUCCUCUCCUGACUACGAGCCCGAGCUCCGCGCCUUCGCUCGUGAGCUCGAGGUUCCGUACGAGCUCCUGCGUGAGACUGCCGAGAAGGGCCGUCUCCCUGUCGUCAACUUUGCUGCUGGUGGUGUUGCCACCCCCGCUGAUGCCGCACUCAUGAUGCAGCUGGGCUGCGAUGGUGUGUUCGUCGGUUCCGGUAUCUUCAAGUCUGGCGAUGCGAAGAAGCGCGCCAAGGCUAUUGUCCAGGCUGUGACUCACUACAAGGACCCCAAGGUUCUCGCUGAGGUCAGCGAGGGUCUGGGUGAGGCCAUGGUUGGAAUCAAUGUGUCUCAGAUGGCUGAGAGCGACAAGUUGGCUAAGAGGGGCUGGUAGAUAUACCCCAUUUGCUGUUUCGUUCAUUUGCGGGCGUUAGAAAAAGUCGAUAUAAUGUCUUCUUAAGACUGUGUUCUUCCCCUGUUGUUUUCACCCGUCCGGACAUAAAGGAGGGAAGAUGUACUGUACAUUGUCGAUUACGAGCUAUGAGCAUAUGAAAGCAUUGUCACAUGGUCUCUUUAGGAAGUUUGUUGAUAGGACGACGGCGAUAACCAAAACACUAUUAAUAAUGGUUUUCAAGUGUACAUGAUACUACAACGUAUUAGAUAUCAUGGCAACAGGUCUUGCG